CAGGUGCUGAUUUCAACCCAGUAGCGUCAGGAUUGCGUCAAUUCGGGUUUCAGCCACGUCUAGAGUCUCCGAGACGAGCUUUUCAAACAGCCAAAACAGGAACAGGGGCGGCAAAUCACUGUGCGCGGGCGAGUGGACCUCUCUCUUUGCCUCCUCCCUGUUCCAGGCGCAGGUCCCCUGGGUUCUGCGCUGUUGUUUUCAGCACUCGGAAAAGACGGAGCUUCCGAUCCGGGCAAGUGAAUCAGCCAGGGAGUUUUCCGUUCAGCACCUCGGACAGAGCACGCAGCAAAAAAAUGGCUCCGAUUACUACCAGCCGGGAAGAAUUCGAUGAAAUCCCUACAGUGGUGGGGAUCUUCAGUGCAUUUGGCCUGGUCUUCACAGUCUCUCUGUUUGCAUGGAUUUGCUGUCAGAGAAAAUCAUCUAAGUCUAACAAGACGCCUCCAUAUAAAUUUGUGCAUGUGCUAAAGGGAGUUGAUAUUUACCCUGAAAACCUAAACAGCAAAAAGAAGUUUGGAUCAGAUGACAAAAAUGAAGUAAAGAAUAAACAAGCUGUGCCAAAGAAUUCAUUGCAUCUUGACCUUGAGAAGAGAGAUCUCAAUGGCAAUUUUCCCAAGACAAACCACAAAGCUGGCAACCCUUCUCAUCUGGAGAAUGUGACCCCAAAGCUCUCUUCAGAAGGUGAAAAAGAGAUGGUUUCCCCUGAUAGCUUAAAGUCCAGCACUUCCCUUACUUCAGAAGAGAAACAAGAGAAGCUGGGAACCCUCUUCUUCUCCUUAGAGUACAACUUUGAGAGGAAAGCAUUUGUGGUAAAUAUCAAGGAAGCCCGUGGCUUGCCUGCCAUGGAUGAGCAGUCGAUGACCUCUGACCCAUACAUCAAAAUGACGAUCCUCCCAGAAAAGAAGCAUAAAGUGAAAACCAGAGUUCUGAGAAAGACCUUGGACCCAGCUUUUGAUGAGACCUUUACAUUCUAUGGGAUCCCCUACACCCAGAUCCAAGAGUUGGCCUUGCACUUCACAAUCUUGAGUUUUGACAGGUUUUCAAGAGAUGAUAUCAUUGGAGAAGUCCUUAUUCCUCUCACAGGAAUUGAAUUAUCUGAUGGAAAAAUGUUAAUGAACAGAGAGAUUAUCAAGAGAAAUGUUAGGAAGUCUUCAGGACGUGGUGAGUUACUGAUCUCUCUCUGCUAUCAGUCCACCACAAAUACUCUCACUGUGGUUGUUUUAAAAGCUCGACACUUGCCUAAAUCUGAUGUGUCUGGACUUUCAGAUCCCUAUGUUAAAGUGAACCUGUAUCAUGCCAAAAAGAGGAUCUCCAAGAAGAAGACUCAUGUGAAGAAAUGCACCCCCAACGCAGUGUUCAAUGAACUGUUUGUCUUUGAUAUUCCUUGUGAGGGUCUUGAAGAGAUAAGUGUUGAGUUUUUGGUUUUGGAUUCCGAAAGGGGAUCCCGAAAUGAGGUGAUUGGGCGGCUGGUAUUGGGAGCAUUGGCGGAAGGAACCGGUGGCGAGCACUGGAAGGAGAUCUGUGACUAUCCCAGGAGACAAAUUGCCAAGUGGCACAUGCUCUGUGAUGGUUAGCAUCCUAGCCAGGAUGAGUUGGAACUUGAUGAUUUUUACUAGGCAAGGAGCAAUUUUCUGUUUUUUAUACAUGAUUACAAGCUUUUAAGAAGCAGCUAUCUUUCUUUUGUUGUUAGAAAUGGAUUGAAAUAGCAGACCAGAAGGUAACUGUAAAUGUGUAUUGUGAUAAUUUCCCCCUUUAUUAGAAAAGUUGGAUACGUUUUCAAAAGAUGUUCAAUUUCCCCUGCAGGUUACCAAUGGUAUAAGUAAGAAUAGUCAAGCAUUUUAUGAAUACUGUGCUACAAUCCCAAAUUGUGGAUGUGGUUAAAAGGUGAUGAUCUUCCUGGGACAUGUCCCUGGAAAUCAAUGUGAUCUUUAGGAUUUGGAAAUGAAAAGCAUGGCUUCUCUUACGAAAAUUCAUCCAUUUUUAUUCAGGUGGGGAAAUCAAUCUUUUCUUUACAUCCAAAGAUAUUAAAGAAAUGUUCUCUAGUUUGUUUUUACUGAUUAUGUCAUGUGCAAAUGCUUGUCCUGCAUUUAAAAGUAUAUGAUCAUUUCUCUUUGGCUUGGAAUUAUUUGGUACAAUUUUAUCAUAAAAAGAGUAACAGGUUUGUCUCAGAAGGACAGCAAACAAGCUGAGAAAUCAUUUUAUCAAAGGACUGAGUUGAGAACACUGUGGCUGAAAUAUUAUUUUUCUCCCCCUUAAGGUUAUAUGUGAGUCAAAAUGUAAAAUAUAAUCUCACAGAAGAACCAUUGUGUUGAAUUAUUUACUGCCUAUUACAAGCAUCAGUGUGAUCUAAGAAAGCCCUAUUUACCUCUAUGAAGUUGUUGAAUUAGCUAGUGGGCAAAGAAAUAAACUUCAGCUAGAAAUCCAUUAAGAAAUGCAGUUUUCUUAUAGGAGGUAUUUAUAGUACACAGGUGUAUGUUCAAGGCUAUCCCUUGUACACAGAAGGGGCAUGGCUAAGACUUCAUUUAGCUUGUUCUUCCCCAGGAAGGACUAAGCUACCAUUUGAAAAGGAAAACAAACAAAAAGACUGACGUUUUAACCAAUGCCAGAUAGAAAGAGUUACUUGAAACAACAAAUUAAGUAAUAAGACUAAAAAAAUGUUAUACAGCAAGCUUAAUGUAAUUUGCAUAUGUUCACACACAAUAUAUUUAGGCUGUCAAAUUAGCACAACAAAGUAUGUUUCACUCUCUUUUCUAGGCUAAUUUUGUCUUGAGCUGUUGUCUAUGGAACAGUUAAUAGACGUGUGUCUUGUACUGUUUUCCAGAUCCAGGGCUACAAAUUCAUUAAAAACCUGUUAGAGUAAAGCAUUGCCCUGUGAUUAUUUGGAAAGAAUUAACGAGUUAAUGUCACUACAUUUGCUUUUUAGAGAAGUAUGAGUAAAACUCGGUACAGUUGAAUUACUAAAUAUGCAAGUUAGACAUAAAGUCUACUGAAAAUUUACAUUUUGAGUCAGGUUUUGUGUCAGUCCUUCAGCAGUUUUGGAGAAUGUGUUCAUUAUCAUAGUGUUUGUAAAUUCUAUGAUGAUGCAUUUUCAAAACAACUUCUACAUGCUUUUUAUGACUAUUCCUAAUGUAAAGAAAAUGUUUUACAUUCUGUGUGUACACAGAUUGACGUCAACUUCUUUUUUGUGCUUUAAGAUGACUUUGGGAUUAAAAAGAAUAUUCCUCAAUCAUUGUCUUCAUUACACCACAAAGUCCCCUCACAGCAUCUUGGUCCAGUCAGCAUUUCUAAGAAAGAAACAUGAAAUAAAUUGUAGUCAGUGUGGGGCUUGAGGAAGUCAAAUGGCCUUUAUGUAUGUGUAUUUGGUAUCGUGGGCCAUGGAAUAUAGUAAAUAUAUUUGGAGCUCUGAAAAGUUGUGAGGAAGUCAACUCUAAGUAUCCUUCACAAUGGCCUGAAGUUAAUAGUGGUAGUUGGAGAGUGAUUUUUUUUUAAGUGGAACAACAAAGCCAACAAUAAAUACUUUGAAAAUUAUAAUGAAUAAUUUGUAAAUAGUUUUUAGUUUUUAAAAUUUAAAGUGUUAUUGAGUGUGAAAAGUUGAGUACAAGUAUUUGCAACUGCUUUUAAGACAAGAAAGAAAAAUGCUAGAAAGGAAUUGAAACAGGCAGGGGCAGAUGUGAUCCCAUCAUCUUCUGAAAGCUGUACUGUUUUAUAAUGUAUUACAAUAUCAAUGUGAAUAUCCUGAAUUCUGUUACAAAUCCUGCACUGUAUUAAACAUGUAAAUUAAUUGUUUGUCUGAUUAGCCAAUCUAACCACCCUAAAGGGGAGGUAUCCAUGUUUGAAGAACUGUGUAACUCAGUAACUGACUUGUUCUGACGUUGUAACUCAAUAGAAGUGAUUUGGGAGGAAGCAUGGUGUAUGAGAUGGUGUCUGUUCUUUUGUGCCAGCUCUGUAUGAUGUUUGUAAGACCACGUUUGUAAAAAUGAAUAAAUUGCUGCUUUUGCC